AAAUAACGACGAGCGCGAAAAUGUAAAUAAUUAUAGCUAUAAGGAGCUACACGUCUACUUAUUUACUUUUCUUGUCUUGACAAAAAUCGGAGCGAAUACAAGUUCAGUGAUGUCGAGUAAUAGCCAUCUACACUUUAACCUGUGCUUUAGCGCUCGUCGUCAAUUGUAUGCACUUAGCAAGAGUGUGGCGCCGACAACACCUAGGCUUCUCGUCUUCUGUGUCGUCUGUCGUGUGUGUCUGUGUGAAGUCUGUUCAAACUUUGAACAGAUAAGUUGAUUCUCAAUUUUGGUGAAAAGUAUUAGUUGAAAUGUUCUAAAAUAAUUCAAAUCAUUAUCCACAAUUUAGCUCAUAUUUGUUUUUAGUGCGCCAAAAUUUUAUAGAACUUUUUCAUGAAUCCGAAUGAGAAAUGAAUAAAUCUUCAGAAAUGAGGUUAUAAUGUUGUUGGCUUUUGUAAAAUCAAGAAAAUUGAUUUUUUUAAAUAUUUGCUGUUAGAUUUUUUAAACUGAGAAAUUAUUCCAACUUUCCAAUCUCAUGGCAUAUUUUUUAAAACAGAAAACUGUUGACUCGGUUGUAGUUUUUGAGUCCAACAUCUGUCGUUUAUGUGCAAACACCAGUGAUUCUUUAAUUCCAAUAUUUGACAAAACAUCGUUCGACAAAGAUAAUUUAUUGGAGAAAAUCAAGAAAUGUUUUCCUUCUUUAUCAAUAGUGGAGGAUGAUUCUAAACCAAAACAGGUUUGUUUGUCCUGUUUCUCCAAACUGGAAAUUUGCAAUGAGCUUUUUGACAUGUGUGUGGCCGCUGAUUCGAAGUUCAAUUUCAUUUUGGACAGGCACUGCAGUAGCCCUACUCAUGAUAGAGAGCCGGUGUCUGACGGAUGUAGUUUGAAGGAAGUGUCGAACUGUAUCUGGUCGGAAGAUGCAGCCACGAAGAGCGGGAAAACGCUGACCGUGCACGACAGGAACGUGAUCGUGCUGAGUAAGCUGGACUCGAGCGCACUCCAACUGCAGCCGGAACCCAAUCGAGAUUUCGUCGUGAUGGUCGAACUCAAGUACAAGGAUCCCGAUCACGACCAUGUAAAAAGUGAAGAUCUGGUGGCAAUCGAUUGCGACCAGGCCGAAAUUCAAGAAAACGACGACUGUCUGUCGACCGAUUUGAUGUUCUUUCAGUCGGACGACAGCCAGAACAAGUCGUCGGAAAAGUAUCUCAGACUGAUCUCGAAUAAUUCGGAUACUGAUGGCAAGUCUCCUGCGAAAAUUGCGAACAAUAUCAAGAAAAAGGGUGACGCGGGGACGGGGGUGGGGGCGGGGUUGGCGUGCUCGGUGUGUGGCAAACAGUUCCAGCGGCGCACUAGACUCAACUCUCACAUGGCACUGCACACUCAGGUGCGGCCACACACGUGCGACGAGUGCGGCAAGACGUUCGCGAUGCGCUGGGACCUGACGCUGCACCGACGCCUGCACACGGCCGCAUUCGCGUGCCCCGUCUGCCACAAGUCGUUCACCGCCAACAGCAAGCUCAAUCGCCACCUACGCACGCACACCGGUGAGCGGCCGCACGCGUGUGCACACUGCCAUAAGUCGUUCGCCGACAAACGCAACCUCGACAACCACACGCGCACGCACACCGGCGAGAAGCCCUACGUGUGUCGUGUGUGUGCGCGAGCAUUCCGUGUGCGCACGCACCUCACCGAUCACCAGCGCGUGCAUAGCAAGGCCACACCCUACAAGUGCGCCCUGUGUCCGAAAACUUUCCGGUGGAAGGCCAACUAUAAUUUACACUGUAAAACUCAUGGCUCAGUCGUGAAAUAGUAUUACUAGUAUAAUUUGUUUCUAGUCAUCUUCGAAACACUCUAACCACUUUUAUGCCUUGUUAUUGAAUCAUCAUCCUCUGUCUUUUCUCUGUAAGUUUUAAUAAAAUUGAAUUAUUUAUUCGCCACUA